CAAAACUAAUUUCAAAAACCAAACGGAGCCUUGAUUUUUCUUUUCCGAGGAAGAACAGGUCUAGCUGGAAACCCGAAGACCUCUGAAACAGGUGAAGUUAGGGUUUCACACCUAUGGCUUCUAAUCAGGAAACCGACGCUUCGGCCAACACUCCAUCCUCCCCGAAAAUCAUAUACAAGGAUCCAGAUGAUGGACGCCAACGGUUCUUGCUCGAACUUGAAUUUGUGCAGUGUCUUGCUAACCCCACCUACAUCCACUAUUUGGCUCAAAAUCGCUAUUUUGAAGAUGAAGCUUUCAUUGGCUACUUGAAAUACCUUCAAUAUUGGCAACGACCAGAGUACCUUAAGUUUAUAAUGUAUCCACAUUGCCUAUUCUUUCUUGAGCUUCUCCAAAAUGCAAAUUUCCGGAAUGCAAUGGCACAUCCUGGCAACAAGGAAUUGGCACACCGGCAACAAUUCUAUUUUUGGAAGAAUUACAGGAACAACCGCUUGAAGCAUAUUUUACCAAGGCCCCUUCCUGAACCUGUUGCUGCACCUCCAGCUUCUGUCCCACCUCCCAUACCACCUACAACUAUGCCUGUAUCUUCUGUCCCUCUACCUGGUUCUGCUUCUUCUCCGGCUCUAUCUCCUAUGCAGUAUGCCAUUCCCCCUGGGUCUGCUCUUGCAAAGAAUGAUCCAAGAAAUAGUGGGGUUGAUCGAAGAAAGAGAAAGAAAGAAGUAUGACUAGACUUGUCAUUUAUAAGGAAGUGAUAGAUAUUUCUCCAUUAGUUGAGAGGCAGUAUCAGUGCUUAAACCGGCUCCAUGUCCAUACUCGGUCAGUUAGCUGCAAUGGAGUUUCAAUUGCUAUUGUAUGAUGCUUGAUGACAUCAUAAUUCUUUUUGCAGAUCGAUUGCCUUGGUAGCUCAGCCUUCUGUGUAUGUGUAUAAUGGACACCUUGCAGCUAUUACAAUUGAAAAGAGAUCAAACCUCACCUUGAGAUUGCAGCAACCAUGUAUGCUUGCUUACUCUCUUUGGUUAAAGCGUAUUAUAUUCUUCCUUGCUUCAAUUACCAAUCCACCAUAAUUGUUGAUUCCCAGUUGUCAGCAAGGGUUGAAGCUGUUUUAGAGACAACUAUAGUUUUCUGUUUUUCUAUGCCGUCAUGUGGCUUAUCUCAUUUAUUCUCCUCCUUCAGGUUUUGUGCUGGAUUUUGAUCAUUUUACUGAAUUUAAGUACGCCCUGCUUUAGUUUUUCUUGAUGUAGAGCUAGUUUAAAAAUCUCUCUGAGCAUAUAGUUUCUAAAUUUUGGGAUGCCCUUCAAAAUGUAGCUUCUUGAUUUUUAUUUUCUGUCACCAGUGUUACUCAAAACAUGUCAACAUGGUGUAAGGAGAUGGUAAGCUGUAUGCUUAUGGGAAAUGAUAUCCUGAAUAGGGAAACUUUAUAUA